UCUGGAUUGAAACAAAGGGAAAAUAAAUGCCUAACACAGCAGAAUCCCCCAUAAGGCAAUCUAUAUCAUGUUUCUCUGAAUCAAACUCGCUUGCUCAAGGGAAUCAAUUAAUCAACCAGAUCUGAGACCGUGUUCGGCUGGUUUAAACUAUUAUUUCAUUGGCUGGCUUUGUCUCCAGUGACUUCAAAGUAACCCCUGUGCCCUAGCCAUGGCUGCACCGUUUUUCUCAACACCUUUUCAGCCUUAUGUUUAUCAGAGCCCGCAAGAUGCAAUUAUACCUUUUCAGAUUUUAGGGGGUGAAGCUCAAGUGGUUCAGAUAAUGUUGAAGCCACAGGAAAGAAUCAUCGCAAAACCUGGUUCCAUGUGCUUUAUGUCUGGAUCCAUUGAAAUGGAAAAUGCCUACCUUCCCGAAAAUGAAGUGGGUGUAUGGCAGUGGUUAUUUGGCAAAACAAUAACUAGCAUUGUUCUUCACAAUUCUGGACCAAGUGAAGGGUUUGUUGGAAUUGCUGCACCAUAUUUCGCAAGAAUUCUUCCGAUUGAUUUGGCAAUGUUCAAUGGAGAGAUUUUGUGUCAGCCAGAUGCGUUUCUGUGCUCUGUCAAUGAUGUGAAGGUUAGCAACAUAGUAGAUCAGAGGGGGCGAAAUAUUGUUGCUAGUGCUGAGGGACUCUUGAGACAGAAGCUAUCUGGCCAAGGGCUUGCUUUCAUAUUAGCGGGUGGAUCUGUUGUACAGAAAAAUCUUGAGAUCGGUGAAGUUCUAGCUGUUGAUGUUUCUUCCAUUGUUGCUGUGACAAGUACGGUCAAUAUCCAAAUAAAAUAUAAUGGUCCUGUACGAAGGACAAUGUUUGGGGGUGACAAUGCGGUCACAGCUCUUCUAACAGGACCAGGCAUUGUGUUCAUACAAAGCUUACCUUUUCAUCGACUCUCCCAACGAAUUGCUAGGGCGGUGACUUCACCAAACAUGAGGGAAAAUCCCAAGUUUUUCAUACAGAUUGCAGUUUUCUUUUUUCUGGCGUACGUUGUUAUUGUAUCUUCGUUAAUAUUAACAGAUGUAUGAAAUUCACUUUGUAUUUUUUUUUNUUACUUUUU